CGCAUGCGCGGUAGUUUGCGAUAAUCACGUUACAACAACGGGAUUUAGCAUUUCCAAGAUGGCGCGGCACAUAAAUUGGGAAGAAGCACGCAGUAUUCUACGCAAAUUACGUGAGGAGCAGGUUAGAGAUGGAGACACUGUGGUUCAACUCUGGGAGAGAGUCCUCAUGGAACAGAGUGACAAGCUUGGAGAUGAAUCUUGGAUGGUACAUGAACAAGUGUGCAUAGCUGCCUUAGACUGCCAAAGAUUAGAUCUUGCUGACGCUUGUAUUGAAACCUUGGAGUCAAAGUUUCCCCACAGUAUCCGUGUUCAGAGGUUAUGGGGGAUGUACUACGAAGCAGAAGAACGGUAUGAAAAGGCUGACGACAUGUACCAAAAGAUCAUUGAACAGGACAGCACAAACAUGUUUGCCAGGAAGAGACAAGUAGCCAUACUUAAAGCUCAACAGAAAACUACAGAAGCUAUAGAGAAGCUCAAUGAAUACCUCAAGAAGUUUAUGACGGACUAUGAAGCGUGGAUGGAACUCUGUGAUCUGUACCUCGAGGAACAUGACUACAACAAUGCAGCAUUCUGUGUGGAAGAACUCAUCAUGUCAAAUCCUCACAAUCAUCUCUUCCAUCAAAAAUAUGCAGAGAUAAGAUAUACGCAAGGUGGAAACGACAACAUGGAACAAUCAAGAGCCUAUUUCUCCCAGGCUGUGAAGCUCAACCCUAACAACACCCGGGCACUUUAUGGCUUGUUCCUGGCUGCCACCAGUCUAGCCAUGAGUACAGGGAAAGGCCUUAAGGAGAAACAGAUGAACAGCAAGUACGCAGCAUGGGCUGCCGAGCAGAUAGUGUUUAAAUACAAGUCGUACCUGUCUGAGGAGCAACUACGAGACAUGAGAAUCCUAGAGUCUAUAGAGAAAAUGUUGGAGUCCCUCAACUCGUCAGUGGGCAGCUAAAUUGCACAACCAAGAACAAAUAACUGAAUAGACAAGCUUGGAGCAGCCUUUCUGUCAGGAGGAUGACAGUAAAUGAAACAGCUUGGUCCACAAGUUUUAUUAAUUUGUCUCUUGUCAUUGAGUCCAAGGAAAUGGUAAGGCAAGUUAGGGUAGAUGUUUGCCAUGGUUACAGUUUGGAUGUAAAUGAUAAGUUUCAACAUUCAGUUAUUUCUAUAUUAAUCAGAGUCAAUAUUGCUGAAAAUGAGAGGACACUGGCUUCAGAAUGAAGUGCAAUAUAAAGUGCGGUACAGCUUUCAGUACCUGUCUCGAGGGUGCUUGUCAAUAAGAGUUGACUAAUGGGAUUGGUAGGUCAGACUUGCUGGUUGAUGGAUGUAAUUGUAUCCUAAAAGUGUAAAUGGAUGCUCUAGAUGUCAAUCACUAGAUUAUCUGACUCAGACUGAAUUUUAGCUGUAAGGGAUUAAGGAAGCUGCCUUGUUUCCUAAGAAAGGGGCCUGGGAACUAGGGGUAAGAGAGUUCAAGUGGAUUGUUACUAGGCAUGUGUAUACAUCAUUUAUGAAGAAUAUCUGAUAACAUCUGAACAUUUUCUGAAAUGGAUUUUUCUUGGCCCCUAUUACUAUUUUCUGUGAAAGCCCUGUUCCCCUCUACAUAAUGAGAAGACGAGUCCUUAAACAUGGGUAGAAAUUAAGGUCUCACUCAAGUGAGAUUAUUUGAAAAGAACAUUACAUUACUGGACUUGUAUCUUCUAUGGGCAUUUCAAUUUUGUUAUUUUGUAAGUAUGAAUUAAGGAAGUUAACUUUAUGUUGCAUGUAAUGUGAAUGAUGCAAAUGAAUGAAUGCAUAUGAUUUGGGUAAGCUGUGGUGGGGGGUUAUCUGGGUGAAACAAAGAAGUCCCUACAGCGUGUGGAGUGAAUGGUUUGUGCCUGUAAUAUACACAUGGUUGUCCAGCAGGCACUUUGCUUGCUGUAGGAAUUUUCUAUGUCAACUGACGUUCUGUUGAUCUCUUUUCUAAUGAAAUAAGGCUACAUACCAUGCGUACAGAUGUAUUUAUUGCAAAUGAAAUUGUAAAUAUUUCAUGUCACUCAUUGUAAUAUGUCAGUGUUGAAAAAUCUAUGAAAUAUCCCAUGUCAAA